AGGGGAAAGAUCCGUUUUUUUGCCUUCCAUCACAGCGAGGAGGAGAUGCGCUGUGAUGGGUGUCUGUGUAAAUUGUGUUGUGUCUUAGGUCUUUUUUUCACGUGUGUAUGACUGCAGAAACAACAUUUCAUUUGAGCCUCUAUGAGGUUCAAGUGACAAAUAAAUUGUAUUGUGUAUUGUGUAUUGUGUACACGUGACAGUACAUAAACCUGAACCUAAACCUUUUAACUGAGUUUGAUAUUUUUUUUAUCAGAGUUGGUCUGAAGUUUUUUUGCUGUUUUUUUUUCGCAAUAGUUUGUGUGAGACAUUUUUUUCUCAGAGUUCUGGGCAUUUGUUUGGGCUUGCCUGAGGGAUCUUAACUGAGUUUGAGUCUGUUUGUCUUGUGGUUUCUUUGUGGAUUUGUGGUGGAAUUUGUUCGUGGGUUGGCGUUGUUAUGUAAAACAGGUCUCUUUUUAUUAGGCUGGGCGGUGCUGAGAUUACUGUUAGUGAACCCAAAUCUAAAAUAUUCAGCCUCUGUAGAGUGAGAUCAGAUUCCAGUUAAAAACAAUUCUAACGCCAUUCUCAACAGUAUCAAAGCUCGGCUUUAUGGGGAGCCGGGAACUUGAAAAGAAGUUUUUAAUCCUUGCGUGACUUUCAUUUAAAGUGAGUCGAGGCUACAUUGAUUGGGUUUCAAUGGACUGAGUGUGUUCCCAGUUCCCAGGGUCGCAGUGAACCCGCCUCCGCCCCGGGACGUCGGUUGAUCGGCUCCGGACCGCCUCUGGUUGGCUGCAGCGGCUGCCGAUCGGGGGGCAGCGGAGAGUUGGUGAUGGUUCCUUCUCUGGAUUUUGUCGGCCAUCUUUCUUCGGACACGGACUCGUUUGGGAUUUCCUGAGGCCACAAGUCGGGUUGGAGACACGGAGCACAGACUGGAUGGGUGCAGCUACUUCAACUUCCACAACCUCCCUUCCCCCUCAGCCAGCCGGCAUGAAAGUGAACACCAUUUAUAACGCGUGGCUUGGUGAGACGUGGAUGCGGUUGGCAGUGCCGCCAUUGGUUGCCCAUCCAUGUUUGCCCCCACACUGAGGUAGCAACUAUUGGUAAGAACAACAGUUACAUAUUCCUGCUGGGAUUUAGAGAUGAUGCUUUAUUACCAACCUUAACAAAAUUACUCAAAUCAGAACCCCAAGCUUCUAUGGGACUGAAACGUGCACCUAUGGAUUAAAAAAAAAAACUCUUCGUGAACUCUGAGCCAUGAAAAUAUGAUGCAUCUUCUUCCUGGCUGUGUUGGUUGAAUUGAAAUCUUUACCUCUGGAAAUGAACUCUUUGAGUGAAUUAUCAGCCACUAAAAUACAUUCUCCUUGGCUGCAUUGUUCAUAGGUUUAUUGGAGCAGAAUUAGGCCAUUUGGCCCAUCAAGUCUAAUUGGCCAUUCAUUCAUGACUGAUCUAUCAUUCCCUCUCAACCCCAUUCACCUGCCUUGUCCCCUUAACCCCUGAUACCCGUACUAAUCAAUAAUGUCAAUGUCUACCUUCAAAAUACCCAAUGACGGCCUCCACAGUCUUCUGUGGCAAUGAAUUCCACAGAUUCACCACCCUCUGACUGAAAAAAUAUCCUCCUCAUCUAAACCACUUUCAAAAGGUACAUCCUUUUAUUCUGAGAUUAUCGUCUCUGGACCUAGACUCUUCCACUAGUGGAAACGUCUUCUCACCAUCCACUCCCAUCAUUGGUGAGAUUGAAACUUGUAUCUCCGGAUAUCAGCUCUCUUCAAAGAACUAAGACCUGUUGUGAUAUGACUGGCUGCGUUGAUAGGAUUGAACAUUGUGCCUCCAGAUAUAACUCUUCAAAUGAGCAGCAAGCCACUAUAAUAUCACCAGCCGUCCUCUCUUGUUGCAUUUUAUCAGACCGAUGAAGCUAAGAACUUGCUUUAAGGCUUUUGCCCUCGCGUUGCUCUCGGCGUCUGCUGCCUUCCUCGUCCUAGUUUUCCGAGAUCCUGGGAAACUGAGCGGGAGGCCUGGUGGACGAGCGAGGGGCAAGGUCCUGGAGCGGGGGCGGGGUGGGGAGCCGGCGGAGAACGGAGGGGUAGACUUCACGGAGUUGUUCAGCCGGACGGAGGAGGUGCCGCCUUGCCGGCAUGGACAGGACCUGAUGGUGCUGGUGACCUCCGCCCCGUCCAAUGUAGCGCGCCGGGAUGCCAUCCGCAGCACAUGGGCAAGGCGCAGACUGCCCAGCCCCUUCUCCUGGCAGGUGGUCUUCCUAGUUGGACGUCCCCCGGAGAAGGAGGUGGCCACCUUCCUCCGGGCGGAGCAGGGCGAGUUUGGGGACCUGCUGCUGGGGGGCUACCUGGACACCUACAGGAACCUGACCCUGAAGGUGAUGCAUGGCCUGAAGUGGGCCGCUUCCACUUGCCGCCCCAUCUAUCUGCUCAAGACCGACGACGACUGCUUCGUCAACACCGACCGGCUGCCCGGCUUCCUGGUCCGGGACAACCCAGUCCGGACCGGACUCUACGCCGGGUCCCUCUUCCCGGCCGAGCGGAGGCAGGUCAUCCGCGACCCGUCCAGCAAGUGGUACGUGUCUUGGCGGGACUACGGUCGGGAGGUCUACCCUGCUUACACCAGCGGGGUGGGCUACGUGCUGUCCUUGGACGUGGCGCAAGCCCUGCUGGAGGAGGCGGCCAGAACCCGCCCCAUUCCCGUGGAGGACGCCUACGUGGGGAUCCUGGCGGAGGCAUUGGGCGUUGUCCCGCUGGCCAGCCCCCGCUUCGCCAAGCACAACGUGGCAUGGAGGGUGUGCAACUACAGGUACCUGAUGGUCAUCCACCACCUCAGCUCCACGCAGCAGCAGCUGGCCCAUCAGAGGAUGGUGCGAGCUUGGACCGCGUGCCCGCACAGCGCAGACAUCACCACGUGGCGCUGAGGGUGGAGAUGGAGGCGCGAGGAGCUGCAGGCGCUGGGAUCUCCAGCAAAGCGCAAAGCGCUGGAGGAACUCAGCGGGUCACCCAGCAUCUUUGGAGUUUGGGAAUAAAGUUCAGGAGGAGCCUGGACCAUCAGACUAUUAAACACUACAACCUCUAAAUAGGCUCUGAAUAACAUAGACUUGGGGGCAUUGCUUUUGUCUUUGCACUAUUGUUGUUUGUUUAUAUAUCGUUCCAUUUCGGGACGUAUGACAAUAAAACACUCUUGACUUUUAAUUAUGUAAUUGAAUCUUCUGCAGUUGUAUAGGGCUCUGGCAAGACCACAUCUGGAGUAUUGCGUACAGUUUUUGUCUCCUAAUUUGUGGAAGGACAUCCUUGUGAUUGAGGCAGUGCAACGUAGGUUCACGAGAGUGAUCCCUGGGAUGGCGGGACUGUCAUAUGAGGAAGGAUUGAAAAGACUAGGCUUGUAUUCACUGGAGUUUAGAAGGAUGAGGGGCAAUCUUAUAGAAACAUAUACAAUUAUAAAAGGACUGGACAAGCUAGAUGCAGGAAAAAAUUUCCCAAUGUUGGGCGAGUCCAGAACCAGGGGCCACAGUCUUAGAAUAAAGGGGAGGCCAUUUAUGACUGAGGUAUGAAAAACCUUUUUCACCCAGAAAGUUGUGAAUUUGUGGAAUUCCCUGCCACAGAGGGUAGUGGAGGCCAAAUCACUGGAUGGAUUUAAGAGAGAGAUAGAGCUCUAGGGGCUAGUGGAGUCAAGGGUUAUGGGGAGAAGGCAGGCACGGGUUAUUGAUUGGGGACGAUCAGCCAUGAUCACUAUGAAUGGUGGUACUGGCUCGAAGGGCCAAAUGUCCUCCUGUACUUAUUUUCUAUGUUUCUAUGCAGAGUCUUUCUGCUGAGUAGCAAGCACCAAAACCUUUUUUACUGUACCUUGGUACAUGUGUCAAUAAACUAAACUGAACUAAAUUCUUGAUCUCCCAAAUUUACCACAUUGCGCCUUUGCAAGGUUUCUAAUCUGAACUUUCUCAGUAGCCGUAACAUUACCUUCUGCACUCUCUUGCCCUGUGUGGUAUGAUUUGAAAUUGAAAAAUAUUUUAUUAGCCAAGUAAGUAUACAUACAAGGAAUUUGCCUUAGUGCUUUGCUCGCAAGUAACAACACAACUCGCAAGUAACAACUCCAUUUGCCUGGAGAAGGACGCAAAACAAUGUUUAAUGAAAUUAAACUCCGCUAAACAAGGUGACUUUAGAGAUAUCGCGUUAAAGCCGGCCCUUCGGCCCAUCGAGUACGCGCCGACCAGCGAUCACCCUGUACACGAGUUCUACCCUGCAUUUGCAUAAGCCAACUAAAUUAUAAACUUGUACGUCUUUAGAGUAUGGGAGGAAACCGAGUCACCUGGAGUAAACCCAUAUCAUCCCAGGGAGAACGUGCAAACUCCAUACAGAGAGCACCCGUAGUUGGAAUCAAACCUGGGUGUCUGGCGCUGUAAGGCAGCAACUCUACUGCUGCACCACUAUGUGCCGCCCCAAACUUUGCGGGCCGGGGCUCUUGAAAAGACCAAGGCCUGCGGGAUAUCCUGGUUGCUACCAUUUUAACCCUUCCCAUUCCCACACUGGCCUUUCUGUCCUGGGCCUCCUCCAUUGCCAGAGUCGGGCCACCCGCACACUGGGGAAACAGCACCUCCUAUUCCGCUUGGGCAGCUUAUACCCCAGAUGUACGAACAUUGAAUUCUCCCAUUUCAGGUUACAAUCAACCC